UUUUUUUUAAUGAAUUCCGACCAACAUAAUCGAAGUUGCAUCUCUUGCAUGAAUUCCAAUCGAUAAUCGUUUGUAUCAUCCACGUAAUUAAUCCUUUAGUCAAUUAUUUACGAUUUUCACAUAAAUAAGUGAACUUGAAUUACAUUUUCACCCUAAAUUGAUAAGUCUUAUUGAAAUUUUGAUAACCUCAGAAAUUUUCUCUAUUUAUUUAUUAUUUUAACUCUCGAUUAUGAUCUUUGAUAAGAAUUAAAUCAAAUCAAAUCAAAUCAAUCAAAUUACACAAACGUAAUUCUUAAUGUAUACAAAAAUGAGUGGAUCAAAUGAAAAAUGUACAAAAUGUCAUGGCGAUCAUGAGACAGGUAGCAUUUACUGUCCAAAAUUACACGAUAAAAGAAUAAAUGAUUCUAAUAAAAUAUCAUUAACCAAAUCAUUGGAUAACAGUUACAUUGUGCAAAUAGUUUCCAUAGGUAUUCGACCUGAUCAUUUUUACGAGGCUAAGAUGUUACUAGCACCGGAAGUUGACAUGUCCUCCACUAAAAUAACUGUUAAGGGUAAUAACCUUCGAGUAAGCGUUCUAAGACGCUUAAGGAAAGAUUUAUUGGAUAUUAUUGAAAAAUCGGUAUCUAACGAUUUAACCAAAUUAAUUAUUAAACAUCGAGAAAACUUACUUAUACCGGAAACUAUUGACAGCGAUGAAAUACGCGCUGUUGUUGACAAUAAACAUAGAAUGCUCAUUUUAACUGCACCUAGUAUUAAACCUAGUAAAACACGAAAAAUGUGAUCAAUUGAAAUAAAUCUCUUUGUCAAAUGUACGUGUAAGUUGAUAAUAUGCGAUAUACAUUUUCAAAAUAUUAAAAUAUUCUAAGCAUAUUUUGUU